UACAUGGGCAUGGCAGCCGUGGACAGCGUGGGGGUCUCAUUCAUUGCCACUGCCUCCGUGGCGUUGGGCACGCACAGCCCGCCGCCGCACAGAGUGCCCUGCGCAUUGGCACUGCCGCAGAUGGCACAGGCGGCGCGGUUGAGAGUGCCGCCGGUGGUGCAGCUGCCCUGGGAGGUGAGGCAGUUGAGCGCCGCGGAGCACGUGACGCCCGUGAGCGUGGCAAUGCUGCCCGCCAGCCAGUUGCCACCCAUGUACAGCGACUUGAGCGCCGUGCCUACCGUGGCGGGCACGCUGCCUGUCAGGUAG